AUGAGGCCGAAAGAGGAGGCUGACAUGAAAGUCCAAACGGGGACAUUCAUUCUGUCUGAGAAAAUUGACGACACAAAGUCGAAGAAAAGCGAAAAAGAAAUUAAAAAGGAGAUGAAACGGCUCGAGAAAGAGAAACAAGAGAGAGAGAAGAGGGACAAAAAAGCAAGAGAAAAGGAAAAAGAGCGAGAGAAACAAGCAAAGAAAGGCAAGGUGGUGUGCGCGUCGUGCGGCGGCAAGUGCAGCGGCGAGGUGCUGCGCGUGUCGGACAAGUACUUCCACACGGCGUGCUUCACGUGCCGCACGUGCUCCGCGUCGCUGGCGCGCGGCGGCUUCUUCUGCAAGGACGGCCACUACUACUGCCCGCAGGACUACCAGCGCGCCUUCGGCACGCGCUGCGCCGCCUGCGGACAGUACGUCGAGGGCGAGGUCGUCUCCGCCCUUGGAAACACAUACCACCAGAAGUGCUUCACCUGCGCGCGCUGCAAACGCGCGUUCCCGUCAGGUGAGAAGGUGACGUACACAGGCGCAGAGGUGGUAUGCUCGAGCUGCGUGGCGGCGCCCGUGCGGCAGACCGCGCGGGCGGCCGCACAGCUGGACGCGCCGCGCGCGCCCUCCGCCACGCCCGCCACGCCCGCCACGCCGGCACACCACGACCAGAAUGAGUGCGCGGGCUGCGGGCAGGAGCUGUCCGAGGGCCAGGCGCUGGUGGCGCUAGACAGACAGUGGCACACGUGGUGCUUCGCGUGCGGCGAGUGCGGCGCCGUGCUGCAGGGCGAGUACAUGGGCCGCGACGGCGCGCCGUACUGCGAGCGCGACUACCAGCGCCUGUACGGCGUGCGCUGCGCCUACUGCCAGCGGUACAUCUCGGGGAAAGUGCUGCAGGCCGGCGACAACCACCACUUCCACCCCACGUGCGCGCGCUGCAGCAAGUGCGGCGACCCCUUCGGCGACGGCGAGGAGAUGUUCCUGCAGGGCGCCGCCAUCUGGCACCCGCGCUGCGGGCCCGCGCCGCGCGACCCCGCCGCCGACCUCGACGACCCCGCCACCGACCGCGCCUCCGCCGACCUGCAGUUCUCGCUGCGCUCGCGCACGCCCAGCGUCAACGGCUCCUACUGCAGCCCCUACAGUAGCUUGACCAGGAAGUACGGGUACCGCGCCGUGUCGCCGGGGCUGGUGCUGCGCGAGUACCGCGACGCGGGCGCCGUGUCGCCGCACCGCAUCACCACGUACUCGUACCUGACGUCGGAGCCCAGCUACCUGCGCCGGCCGCUGCAGCCCUACGACCGGCCGCCCACGUCGCCGCACUUCCACCGCCCGCCGUCCGGCGGCUCGCGCGCGUCGUCCCGCGCCGGCGCGGCCAGCAAGGCGUCGGGCGGCCGGCCCGCCAUGCGCGCGCUCGUGGACUCCAUCCGCGGGGACACGCCGCGGCCCAAGUCGCCGCACAUGAACAACGAGGAGCCCAUCGAGCUGUCGCACUACCCGGCCGCCUACAAGCCGCCGCCCGGCACCAAGCCCAAGAUCGAGCGCGACGACUUCCCCGCGCCGCCCUACCCCUACACUGACCCAGAGCGACGCCGGCGUUGGUCCGACACGUACAAGGGAGUAGCAGACAGUGACGACGAGGGCGACGGCAAGGUCAACGGGAAGCUCAACGGCAACGGAGACAUCGACCCCAAGCUGCGCAGGGAGGAACAUGAACUCGCCAAGAUCGAAACUGGCAUCGCACAGGUGUUCCUGAAGGAGGUGAAGGAGCGCGAGAAGCUGCAACAAUGGAAGAAACAGAACCUCGACCCUAGGAAUGCUAGCAGGACCCCGUCCGCGUCGCGCGAGCCCCUGCCCCGGCUGCGCUACUCGUCCCCGGUGGGCGCGUCCCCGUCGCGCUCGCUGGAGUCGCGGCCGCACGAGCCCGACCACCUCGACCACAGCGUGCCCUGCUACAACGCGCGGCCCGGGUCCGGCCUGCGCGCCGCCACGCUGCCCGCGCGCGCCCGCCCCCACGGCGACUUCACGUUCAGCGGGAUGGGAGACAAGACGCAUAGCACCGACUUCAGUAGCGGCAAGUCAGACAUAUCUGCCGGCUCCAUAACUGAUGUGGAUCGAAGUGCUGUGACGACGGACGGCGGCGCGCGCGGCGCGGCGGGCGCGGCCGGCAGCGUGGCGGGCAGCGCGGCGGGCCGCUACGCGGGGCCCGGCGCGGCCGGCGCGGGGCCCGGCGUGCGGCGCUCGCUGCCCAACAUGGCCACGUCGCACCUGCUGCACGAGCCCGCCAAGCUGUACCCCUACCACCUGCUGCUCAUCACCAACUACCGCCUGCCGCCCGACGUGGACCGCCUCAACCUGGAGCGCCACCUGUCGGACGCGGAGUUCGAGGCCAUCCUGCAGAUCGGCCGACAGGACUUCUACCGCCUGCCGCAGUGGCGCCGCAACGAGCUGAAGCGGCGCGCGCGCUUGUUCUAG